GGCAGAGGAUCAUCCAGUCAAAGUUUUGCUUCUCUCCCCUCAUCAAUACCUGCCUACACUGCAAACCUGAAAAGGCUACACAGCUCGUCUAGUCCCAUCGACCUGCGCAGCACUUCACACCGGCAAUCACAUCCCCCUCCUCACAUCCUCCUUCGCCAAUACUAGUUCACAUCCGGAUUUCCGUUGGCAAGGGCCCGAGUGGACGGCUCAUUGAUUUGCUCGUCUUCUCGUGCAGAGACGACGGGAACGCCGUCGCGUCGGAAGUCGCCGCCGCCCUUGCUCGACCGUGCUCCAGACGAUCGAGCGGUUAGCAUGCCGGACAGCAGCGGCGCGACCGUUUUCGAUGACCUGCCGGAGUGGCUUGUCGUCGACGAAAUCCUCUUCCGGUUGCCCCCAAGGGACAUACUCCGCUGCCGCGCCGUCCGCAGGUCGUGGCGCAGCGGCACUUCCACCGACAAGUUCAUCCUCGACCACCACCGCCGCCAGCCCUCGCUCCCCAUCAUCGAACACCAGAAGGGCAUCUGCCGCCUCCCCGUUCCCAGUGGCGCCGGUGAUAAAAAGAUACGGCCCUUCGUCCGGUACACCCCUGUUACCAGAAUCGAUGUUAUGCACCACGGCGCUUGUGACGGCCUCCUCAUCCUGUCACUCCAACACGAUUUCUACAUCUGCAACCCAGCUACCCACAUGUGUGCUUCUCUGCCACGUCCUCCACUCCGACCAGGCAUCGGCUCGGUCAGCGUAGUCGCCUUCUACCGGCACCCCACAUCUGGAGAGCACCGGGUGCUGUGGGCGGUGUACUCAAUAGGCAUCAUGAGCCUAGCCGUGGUUGAACCGCCUGAUUACUUCGUCCUCACGGUGGGAUCAGACCAGCCAAGACUAAUCCAGUGGCCGACAGUUUCAGAACAAGGGUAUCCUGCUGCUGAGUCCUCCAUUUGCCCACCGGUGCAUCAUCGUGGUAGCCUGCACUGGGCAAUGGGUCGCAGCAUUACGGUAUUCGACACCGUAGCUGAGAUAUUCCGCCAGAUGAGCCGUCCGGCACAGCUGGGCGAUAUGGUGUCAUUGCUGGACAUGGGUGGCGCCCUUGCUUUGUCAAGCACCACCUGUGAAUUCGUCACCCUAGAUGUCUGGGUGUUGCAGGACUAUGACGCCGAGACCUGGGGCUUCCAGUACCGGAUUAACUUGCGAGCUAUGGUGGCAGCGCCGCCACUUAAUCUGCGGGCGGAUUUUGUCCCAAGGAUGGUUGCGGAGCUGCUGAUCCAGAUGGGUUGGCAUCUGUUCCGCUGUGACAUCGAUGGUAAAUUUCUAGGAAAUGUUGAAAUCGAAGAGCAUGAAAACUACCUCACACUUACUAAGCAUCGCCUCCAAGAGAGCAUGAUUUCGCUUGCGUUGUUUGAGAGGCAAGAACAAGAGGCUGUGAACAAUGUGCCUCCAUUCCUCAUAGUGAUGUAAGAUGCCUUGGACUCCCCUUCGUGUCUUGGACUCCCAUUGUUUGAUGUGCCAUCAAUUGGAGCAGCUAUCUAAUCCUGUAGUAUGAGCCAUGUCUUUUGUUCUUAGUUUCUAGUGCUACUAGUAGAACUGAACAAUUUGGAUGACAGAAGUACCACUUCUGCCAUUAUCAUUUGGUGCUUGUUAUGCUAUCAUAUGGAUCAUGUUAUUGUCUUGGAACAAUGGAUUAUCUAUGCUAUACAACUGUUAUACUCGUC